AUGUCAAGCUUAGUUGUGACUCAAGAAAGUGAGUUUAACUUCAUCUUGCGUAUUCUCAACACAAACAUCGACGGACGUCGCAAAGUAAUGUACGCUUUAACCGCAAUCAAAGGAAUUGGGCGUCGCUUCUCCAAUUUGAUCCUCAAAAGAGCUGGAGUUGACCUUACUAAAAGAGCUGGACAAUUAACAGAAGAAGAAAUUGAAAAAAUCGUCACAAUUAUUAACAAGCCUACAGAAUACAAUAUCCCGACUUGGUUUUUAAAUAGAAGAAGAGAUAUUCGAUUUUAUAGUAAAUUUUUAGAUAAAUAUUUUAAAAAAAAAUAAUGAUAAUUUAUAGGAAAUUUUAAAUUAUAAAAAUAUGAAUGGGCUAUAGAAUGGGCUAUUAUGGGGAUUUUGGGGCAUUUAUUUUUAAUAGGAAUAUAUUGUUGUUGGAACUGACUCACAAAUUGUUGCUAACUUUUUGGACGCCAAGAUGAGAGAAGAUCUCGAAAGAAUGAAGAAAAUGAUGCUGCAUAGAGGUCUAAGACAUUGGUGGGGAGUCAAAUGUAGAGGCCAAAAGACAAAGACGACAGGAAGAAGAGGAAAAACUGUUGGUGUCGCCAAGAAGAAGUAA